GUUCUUCGACAUCAUUUAUUUUGGAAAUAUCAGCAACAUUUUAUUUCUUUUGAGAUUAACACCUAAAACAGCGUAAUAACGCCAUUUAAAAGGAAGACAAUACAAGAGAUGAAUUUCGCAUCCUCACAUGUCUUCCGUUAUGACCAUUCGGACGAAGAAUGUGUGUCAGAUGACGAAUAUGAACGUGGAAUGACACUCAGUGAUAGUGAUGACUCAGACAAUGAUGAUGCAGUGUACACAAGAGUGCUUGGUAAGGCCCAAUCCUCCCCUGCUACUAGUACUACUCCACCUGUCAAAUCUCGUAAAGGCAUCUUUGGAAAACUUUUCAGAUCAUCUAAAGGAGCUACAUCCUCUGCUACAUAUGAUAAUGCUACUACUGAUUCUGUUGGCAAUGAUGCAGUUCCUAAUGAUCCUAUGUAUGAUAACCCCACACCUAGUGAUGCAGCUGUUGCAGUCUAUGAUAAUCCCCCAAAGAAAUACAAAAGAAAACCAACCAAUCAUUGGAGAUCUGCAUCAUCUAACUCUGAAGAGAAGCCCACUAAAGAAUAUGCCAAGAAAUACCGCAGAGCUGAUACCAAUGUUGUUCAAGUCAAGUUUGAUACGUUGGUAAAACCUAGCAAUAUGCACACUGGGGAUGCCACGUAUUGCUCCUGCGGGGCCCUACUAUCUCAUAUCUCUAAGCUUAACAAUAGAGAGAACUCAGAUGAAAAGGAGUGGAAAUGUGAAUUCUGUAACAAAGCCAAUAUUGUCGACAUCAUGGAUGAGGAAAUCCCAUUAACCAAUGACGUGACAUAUAUGAUUCAGCCCGCACCUGCUACGAGAGGAUCUGGUUUGUCUGGGACAGAUGAGUCUCUGGUAGUAUUCUGUGUGGAUACGUCUGGCAGUAUGUGCAUAACAACAGAGGUCCCAGGGAGAUUCAACUUACGGGGAACAGAACGUAGACGGUUGGACAGAAUGCAGUCUUUUAAUGAAAUGCGAGAAGAUCAACAUUUACCAGGGGAGAGAAGAAAUGUUACGUAUGUCUCUAGACUACAGGGUGUUCAAGCAGCAGUUGGACAUCAACUAGAUGACAUGAUGAAAGAAUUCCCAACAAGAAGAGCAGCCUUAGUGACAUUUGAUAGUGAGGUGUGUGUCAUCGGAGAUGGCACUAAUGAGCCUGUUACAAUAGCUGGUGAUAAACUCAGUAACAAAGAAGAACUCAUCAAAAUUGGAGCUGAAGCCCCCCUCCCUCAGCCAAUCAAAGACUCCAAACACAUUCUCUCCGAUAAGAUCUAUCAACUAGAGGAAGGUGGAGCCACAGCGCUUGGUCCUGGCCUCCUAUUGGCUGUUUCCAUGGCAGGUCAAUGUCCAGGGUCAAAGGUCAUAAUCUGCACAGAUGGCAAAGCUAAUGUUGGUUUAGGUUCUCUCCAGGCAAAUUCUGAAACUGAUGAGUUGCUUGAAACUGCACAGUUAUUCUAUGGAGAAGUUGCCCAACAUGCUUUACUCAAAGGAGUCUCUGUAUCUGUGAUAAGCAUCAAAGGAACUGACUGUAAAAUGGUUGAAUUGGGCAAUGUGUCAGAUCAGACUGGAGGCCAAGUUAAUAUUGUCGACCCCCUGAAACUCACAGAAGAGUUUGGAAACAUCUUAGCUGAUCAGAUUAUUGCGACAAAUGUCACUGCUACAUUACUUCUACACAGAGGACUAUAUUUCCGUAAUGAAGCAUCAAAACAGAGCAAAACAGUUAGGCAAGUGGGCAAUGUCACUCGUGAUACGGAAAUUACAUUUGAAUAUGGAGUGAGAAGUAAACCACAAUCCAAUCAACCUGCUGCAACUGUAGCUGAAGAGGAAUCUAUGGAGACUGACCAAGCAACACAAGAGGGCGCCACUGCAGCUCCUAGCAACAGUAACCAGAGUGCGGUCUUGGAUGAUGACCUCACUGAGCUACCAUUCCAGCUCCAAAUCAAUUACACUGACACCAAUGGUGCCCAAGCUCUUAGGGUUCUCUCUAUGGUUAAACCAGUCACAAAGGACAGGAAUGUUGCUGAAAAAAAUAUGGAUCUGAAGUUACUAGGAACCAAUGCGGCCCAGAUGUCAGCUAGGCUAGCCACAGAGGGGGAAUAUUCCAGGUCAAGACUUCACUCUAUGAUGCAUCAGCGACUUAUGUCUAGAGCAACGAAGAAAGACAAAUCAUCGAGGGGUAUUUACAAGGCUUGGUUUUCCCAUGUGGCACCAAUGGAAGAACACAUUAACCGAGCACAAACAAGUGAAAGAACGGCUUAUGGAAGGUCAUAUAGUGAUGAUGAGGGACCUGAUGAAAUUCACGAGGAGGCAGACUGUGCUGAUAUGGUGGCGCCACCUAGUAAGGGUAACUCUGCCCCUCCACGGUCAAAGAAGAAGGCAUUACUUGCAAUGAAGUCCAAGAGUCGGAGAGGAGAAUGUUCAGAUUCCAUGGCAACAGUUAUCUACCAAAACAAACAAAUCUCCGCCAAUAAGAUGAUGUCAUCAAAAGAUUAGAAUGAAGUAAUGAAAAACAUGUCCGUACCUGGCCUCAUUCCAACUCAGAGUUAUAUAAACAGACCAUGGUUAUUUUGAUAAUAAUCAAUUUAAUUGAAUAAAGUGCCAAUCUGAGGAAAUUUUUCCAUUCAAUUAUUGAUUACAAUUGUGCAGUUUCUUAAUCAUAAUGUUGCAAUAGAUAUAAUGCAUGGUUUUCAUUAACUUCAAAAAUAAGGACUUUUCUCUGCUUUUUUUACCAAAAUUACCUAUUUCGAACCAGUUUCAUGUUCCAAUUAUAAUUUCCAAUAAUUUGCUUAUUAAUUUAUUCAAUUUGAAUGGUAUCUAAAAGAAACCUCGGGAAGAGCAGAAAAGAUACAUUUGAAAUAAAAAUCAAUGUUAACAUUUUAUUAAUUUUGAUAACUGUUUGAACUACAGUGCAGGGUGUUUACUGUUUAUUACUUAUUUAAAGCCCCACUAUACUUAAUUUAGAAGAAAAAAAUAAUCAUUGGAACAUGUUACUCGCACACUUGCUCAAAUAUGAAA